AUGCGUACUCCUUUUUGGGCACCUGAUCAAACCUCUGGAAUUUUCGAGGUUGUGUUCAGAAGAAUGAACUUGGAGAAAACCAUUAUUGGAAUUAUAUCCAUUUCAGCCAUCAAGUGUAUGAUACUCAAUCCAUCUCCUUUUGCAAAUAUAAGAUAUGGUGGACAGUUGGUGCUGACAUGUGAAGCUGAUAAUGAAUGGGAUUCCAUUUCUUGGAGGAGAGCAAGUGAUGUGUCAUAUACAUUUGUUUUUCGUAAAGCCGACUGUGAAACAAAAGACAAUGGCGAAGGAAAACGUGCAAUUUGUAGCAAAUCUCUUAAUAAAACAACAAUAAUAUUUUAUGAUACAACGCCAAAAAAUAAUGACACCUGGGAAUGUCUUGCAGCCUAUCCUGGAAAUGGGUUUGAAAGUGAAAGAACAAAAGUUUUCAUUAGUGACCCAUCUAUAGAUAUAUCAAAUGAAACAGAAGUACUCUACGGAGAGGAAGCUGACAUACUGUGUACCCUUGAUCCUGGUUGGAGCAGGUGCACAUGGAGAUCUGUACAAAAUGAUGAAGAAAUAUUUUCAAUAAUAUCAUGUAGAAAUAUGACAGCCACAAAUUACUCCCUUAAUUGUGAUAUUAACAAUGUAACUCUACAUGUAGUCACUCCCAUUCACCAGGAAGUAUUCGAAUGUGCAGGAUAUUACUUUAUAGGUGAAGAAACGCAUUCACCAAAAGGAAGAACCAUGAUAUUUAUAUAUGCAAUGCCUCCACGUGUUCACAUUUUACCUUCAACUGAUCCUACCGAGUUCUUCAGCUUCAAAUUACUUUGUACUGCCAUAGGUCAUCCUAUCCCAACUGUUGUUUGGAAAUACGAAAAUGUAGAAUUAAGCCGUUCAGUGGGUGAAAACGCUAUUGUUUUUACAAAGCUCAAUAGAACAGACAGUGGAAACUACUCAUGCGAAGGGAUUUCCUCACAUCUAGGAACUACGUUGAAAAAUACUACACAUUAUAUCCUCACAGUUCAGUAUCCACCAAUUGCUCGGAUCAACGACUUGGUUGUAAGUUGUGGUGAUAAUGUUUCAAUAGGGUGCUUAGUCGAUGAAGGCAUACCAACGGAUUAUACUUUGCUCAAAUGGGAACACAGAUUCAAUGGAACUUUUAUUCAGAAACUCAACGUCAGCAACAGGCAAUUCUUUAUCAGUCACAUGACUCUCAGCGAUAUAGGUGAAUACGUCUGUGUUGUAUCCAAUGGAGUGAUGGAUAUCAAUAGAAAUAUGUUCAUUGAGGGCAGUGGAAACCUUCAGGCUAGUAGCUGUAUGUUAUUUAUUCUCAAAAUUUAUUAAGCGAAAUAUACCAUGCUUUAAUUAAAUGUUUGAAUGUAUAUUUUAAUUAGUUAUGUAUAUUUGAUUUAUAGUGUUAAAACGAGAAUGUUGAGUAACAUUGUUCCAUUCGAAUAAAACAUAUAUGAAGUUACUCUUU